AGAAUGGAAGAGAACUUGAAGGAAAUUGCAUCUAAAAGGAAGAGAUGUGUAGAUAGUUGGGAUGAAGAACAUCCUUUUGGUUCUAAUAUUAUAGAGUUGGAUGAAGAUGACAUUCUUGAAAUACCACAUUCACAAACUGUUGAAGAAAGGGUUGACAAGGCUACUCUUUCCUCCCCGGCGCGACCUGCAAAAAAAAAGAGUUAUUGUACCUGGAGGAUUGACAAAGAGUUACUUUGCUCCUAGGACCACCCCUGGAUCUCAACCAACAAUUAAAAGUGUGCUUGCAGGUAAAGAAGUUUUACAUAAAGUUGAUCUUUCUGUUGCAACAUUUUUCUUUGAAAAUUGCAUCCCUAUGAAUGCUUUAAAUUCAAGUUCUUAUCAAAGAAUGAUAGAUGCAAUUGCUUCCAUUGGGCCUGGUUAUAAAGGGCCAAAUUAUCAUGCAAUCAGAACCAAGUUAUUAUCUGAUAUGAAAAAGAGCGUUCAAUUGUUGGUUGAUAAUUGUCGUAGUCUUUGGGUAGAAACUGGAUGUACUAUCAUGGCAGAUGGGUGGCAAGAUCAAAAAAAUAGGCAAUUGAUUAACUUUCUUGUGUAUUGGCCUAAAGGAAUCAGUUUCAUAAGAUCAGUUGAUGCCUCAAAUGUUGUUAAAGAUGCAACCACUCUUUGUAAUUUAUUUGUUGAAUUGGUUGAAUUUGUUGGUUCAAAGAAUGUUGUACAUCUUGUCACAGAUAAUGCAGCUAAUUAUAAAGCUGCAGGAAGGUUGUUAAAUGAUAAGUAUCCUAAUGUUUAUUGGUCACCAUGCGCCGCACAUUGUCUAAAUUUGGUUUUAGGUGACAUAGGAAAAAUGGAACUUGUUGCAAGUCUAGCAAACCGUGCAUCAUUAAUUACAAAAUUUGUGUACAAUCAUGGAUUUUUGUUAGCUUGGUUAAGGAAGAGGGAAGGAUGGACAGAAAUUAUACGCCCUGGUCCAACUCGAUUUGCAACAACCUUCAUCGCAUUAAAGAGUAUUCACCAACACCAACACGACCUUCAAGCCUUGGUAACUAGCAAAACUUUUGUUGAGUCUAGAUAUUAUAGAGACCAUAAGGCUAGGGAUUUCAUUGCUGCUGUCCUAGAUUCUAGAUUUUGGAAUGAUGUUGAGAUAAUUGUUAGAAUUGUUGCACCACUCAUACGUUUGUUAAGGAUUGUUGAUGGUGAUGAUAGGCCCUCACUUGCGUAUGUGUAUGACGGCAUGUUUAGAGCCAAGAAAGCUAUUAAGCGAACAUUCAUGAACAAGAAAUCUUUAUACAAACCUUAUACAAGGAUUAUCAAACAAGGGUGGGAUAAACAUCUUCGUCAAAAAUUACACGCUGCUGCCUAUGUCUUAAACCCGGCAUUCUUUUAUGAUAACGAGAACAUGUCCCACAAACCUGAGGUUAUGGCAGGAUUUCUUGAUGUAUUGACCACACAAGUUGAUGGUAAUCAAACUGAUUUUUUGUCUGAAACUGAACUCUAUCGAGAAAAGGUUGGUGAUUUUGGUCGUCUAUUGGCACUUAAGUCUGCUAAGACCAUGCGUCCCGAUAUGUGGUGGAAGACUUUUGGAAAUAGUGCGCCAAAUGUGAAAUCAUGGGCAAUUAAGAUACUUAGCCAAACAGCUUCUUCAUCUGGUUGUGAAAGAAAUUGGAGUGUCUUUGAGAGAAUACACACAAAAAAAAGGAAUAGAUUAGAGCAUCAAAGGUUGAAUGAUCUUGUAUUUGUGCAUUAUAACUUGCGUUUAAAAAACAGAGUCUUCAACAAGAAUCGGGCAUAUGAUCCUAUUGACUAUGAGAGCAUAGAUGAUAUCGAAUUUUGGAUCAUGGAAGAAGAUGCCAAUACUAUCCCUAUUCUUGAUACCAAUGAAAUGGAAAAUAUUCUUUACAUGGGGGAAUCAAUUCCUAUAAUUGGUUCAGAUAAAGAAGGUGAAGAAGCACUCAACAAGGGAGUUGAAGAGGAAGGACUUAAUUUGGAUUCUUUUCCACAAGAGAAUGUAAAUAGUUACAAUGGUGCUAAUGAUCCUCAAAACGCUCAUGGUUGAUACAGGUUGCGAGUUCUGAUAUAUUGCAGCGGACAUGCUCAUGGCUACCUCAUUAUGAUAAGUCUUGGUGGAAGUUAAAUGUAUUUUUCUGUGAACUCAGGUUGCAAUCUUGGAGCCUAUUAUCUUGUUUCGUCAACUAUUUCUCACAAUAAUAGUGGAGCCGAUUACCAUUUUGCAUGGUUUUUUGUUUGAGAUUUUUGGUGUCUGUACUUUUUGUUUUUUCGAUUGAGAUUUUACUGUCUGCAUUUUGUAGAACUUUUUGUUUUACUUGAUUAUAGUGGUGUAUACUGUAUAGUGUAUACUAUGUAUAGGUAACCUUCAUUUGGGCAUACAAGUUUUGUAGGGAGUAGAUUUUAUGGUUUGGUCUU